UAUAUUCAACUACAAAUUAAUUAAUUCAAGAAGAAAAAAUGAUUUGGAGAUUAUUUUCAAUUAAAGCUUUUGUAUUUUGGACUAUACUACUUAUAAGGGAGGUUCUUCUCUCUGAUACGAAAGUACCAAUGGUUGUAAAUCAUAAUAACCAAAUUCGUUUACAAGUUGGUGAUUUACUGCGUCUUGAAUGUCCUAUUCACAUUACUUCAACUGGUGGCCUAGUCUCUUCAUCCAAUGAUAAUGAUGCUAGUUCUAAAACACAUCAACUUGAAUACAAUACUGGUGUUAUUUAUAAUUGGAAAGUACGAGAUUUACAUGAUUAUUCAUUGGAUACCAAUAAUCAUUAUCAUUUCAGUCAACAACGUCGUAUCCUUGAAGUUACUGAACCAUUACAAGUUUCUGAUUCAGGCAAUUAUACGUGUUCUGGAAUAACCGGUUUUGGAAAAAGAGAAGUAACAUUUGAAGUUCAUGUAAGAGAUCCUAAUGUCAAUCUUCUAUGUGCUAUCCCAAAUGUGGAGAAUACCAAAGCAAAAGCCCCAUGUUUUACUGAUACGGCUUUGAAAACUAACCCAUCAAUUAGUUUAGAGAGACUUAUUGGUUCAUCUGUCACAUUUAAUUGUGAAGCUGAAGGUACUGAACCAAUAAAAUAUAGAUGGUUUAUGGGUAGUGCUGUAGCUGAUUGGAUAACAACUGGUCAAGGUGUUCGUGGACCAAUUUUAACAAUUGAUCGAGUUGGUCGAGAACAUACUGGACAGUAUACUUGUCAAGUUUCGAAUUCAGUGGGAAGUCUUAAUUACACUUAUAGGCUCUUAGUUAGUGAACCACCAUCGGCUACACCAAAAAUUCUUGGUCCUGUACAGAAUUAUACAUUUAAAACUGAUGAUAGUGCUACAGUUAUCGCUAGAAUAAAAUGUGCAUGUGAUGAACCUGUGAUACAAUGGUUAAAACGAGUUGAACCAGGCGAAGAAUUAAUGUAUGAACAGUCAGGUGCAACCAAAAUUCCAUUACCAAAUGCAAGAAUAACUGAGCAAAAUGAAAUCUAUGUUAUCUUAGGUUCAUGGAUCAACUCACCUGCUAUUGUAGAAAAAACAACAGCCUAUACAGAUAGAUUAGACAGUCUUCAUGAUAUGAAAACAUCACCAACAUCAUCAUCACUAAAUGCUAAUAGAGAUUUAAAUCAUUUACAAAUUAUUGAUAGUAAUAAUGACGAAAAACCGUCAAUUUACUUUCAGCCUAAAGUGAAUUACAAUAAUAAACAAAAUCAGAAGAAAGAACAAUUAUUUAUGACGAAACUGCGAUUUCAAAAACCAUUAAAUAAAGAACGACAUGAAGGAAAGUAUAUUGUUAUGACUAUGAGUUUGUCAGAUGUUAAAAGUUUAGAAUAUAUUGUAAUAUAUGUGAAUAUAGUUCAAGAUUCAGCGUUUUUAAAAGGACGACGUGUUUUAAUAUAUUUUCUUGUUCCUUUUGGAUUAUUACUUGCUAUUCUUGGAUUAAUUGCUUACAUGUUUGUAUUUCGACGUAAACGUGUUCCAAAUCAUUUAAUAUCCUCUAGUAAUGAAAGAUGUAUAUUACGAACCGCUGAACUCAGCCCUGAAGCAUAUCAUGUUAUACAGAAUGGAAAAAAAUCUUCUAGUUUAAAUACAUCAUCUAGGCUAUCUUCAAAUAGUCAAAACACUGGUAAACCAAAUUAUUCUUAUAUGGGAAUUCAAUCUACUUAUAAUUCAGGUGAUAAUCAACACAAUCAAGCAUCAAACGGACAAGAACUAAUAAAUCAUUAUCCUAACAUUCAGGUUAAUCCGUCACGUUUUAAUCAGUCUGUAAAUUUUUCUCAAAAUACUCCAAUUUCAAGUGAUCCUAGACUCCUUUUAAAUAUUAGCGACGAUUCUAGUCGUGUAAACAGUAAAGCAAGUUCUGGAUCAUUUAUGAAUGGUAACUGUUUACCUGCUUCUCAUCCAUCUCACUGUAUCUUACCUUGUCCACCCAAUACUCAUAAUAUGACACCAUCCAAUCAUAGUGAUAUUCAGAAGGCAAUCAAUAACUUCAACCAAUUUCCAGCUCAUUUCAUGAGUUCAAAUGAACAGAACAUAAAUCCCCAAAUGUUUAACGAAAAAUCUCUACAACCAACAUAUCAACCUGCACCAUUUCCAGGUUCAGUACCUAACUUUAUGCUUAGUGUUCCACCAGCUCCUUCUAAUGCUAGUGAAGUAUCAUUUGAUCAGUAUUCAGCAGUAAGUCAAAGUCCAGUCUCUUCAAGUACUCUUACAAAUCAUUAUACAGCUCCAUUUGGUGAAUUUGUUCAUAAUGAAAAUUCAGAAUGUAAAGAUUUCCGAUAUCAUUUCCAAUCUCAUUAUCUUCAAACAUAACGAAUAUUUAAUAUUAAUUCAUAAACAAACGAAAAUCAGUUUUCAACUAAAAUGAAA